UGUGAGAAAAAUAUAAAGGAAGAAACAAGCGUUUGGAGCAGUAAUGUCCCUCUAAAGGUUGUGACAAUUAUAGGUAGAAUAACAUUAGUCGACGUGUGAUAAUUUGGUUGUUACCAAUUUGGAAUAUAUGAUGUUUACUGUUAUCCUGUUGUUUCUUCACGUUGGACUCGGCCAAUCACAACAUGCAUCCAAUACGUUUGCCAUCGACCUUCAAGAAAUGUGUGAGGAGUGUGACACGUCCACAGGUUCUGGGUACGUGAAUCACCCCAAGUACUGCCAUCUGUUCAUCCAUUGCUCAAGGGGUGCUAACGACAACCUUAGAGGGGAAGUGAAGGAAUGCACAAGAGGGCUUCUGUGGUCUCAGACAGUCAAACAAUGUGUUUGGCCGAACGAGUCAGACUGUCCUACAAAUCCCUGUUACAACAAAUCCCUGUCUUUCCGCGACUUACGGAACUGCAAUGGAUUUUUCACCUGCCCCAAAGCCGUCCGUUUGCUGUACAACUGUUGCCCAACAGAUGAACGAUUUGACGAAUCUCAAGGAAUGUGUGUACCAAGCCCUGGUUGUAACGACCCGUGCCUGCCAGGAUCCUCAAAUUCUUCCUCCGAACCACCAGAAUGUAAACGGUUCGUUCACCCUGAAGGUAAAAACAAGUACAUCUGGGAGACUGGCGGUACUAACUCCACCUUCAACUGUGCCCAGGGCACCGCCUUCUCCGUCGACUCCUGCAGCUGCACGGACUCUGUAGACCUGACGAGAAUGGCCAAAUGCGAGCCGUACAUUUACCUCCCCUUUGAUGAGAAUGUCAAGGACAAACUUGGACGUACUGCUACCGGUGGCAUCGAUUCUUGGAUUCAAAGGUCUGAACCAGCUUCAAUAGGUGGUGGAUCUGUAUAUUUCAAUGGCCAUAGACAGGUGAUCGCCUGGGCCCUCAACAACAUGGAGUUCAAAUCCAACUUCACGUUAUACUUCCGCUUUAAGGCGGACUUCAAACAAAGUCAGAAAGGAGAAAAAUUUGCUCUGGUUGAUAAUAGUGACUGCGAGAAGGAGGCAACUUUUGGGAUCGCCUUGUUGCGUUCCGGGGUCAAGACAGGGUCAGUUCAUGGAGGAUUCAGAUUAAAGAAUGGACAAGCAGUCACCACCAGUUCGAGAGAUAUCCCCCUGAACGUGUGGCACGAGGUAAUCCUGCUGAAGAACGGACCCGUCACAGAACUGAGGGUGGACGACGAGGUGUACCCCAUUGAGGGAAUAGGUCUGGAGGCUGACAUUUCCCGUGUGGACUGUUCCAUGACCGUUGGGAAAGGGACAGGUCUGGUCAAUUUCAUUGGCUACAUUGACGAGGUGAAGUUCUACAAAUGUGUUCCCCCCGAGUACGUCAGCAAGUAACAUCGGUUGGUACAGCAGCGAGAGCACCAGAUGAGCAGCUCAUUAAAGUUCAUAUUGUUGUUGUUUCAUCGAGAGGCUGCUGGUUUGAAUGUAUAGUAUGUCGAUGUAGAUGAAUAUAUAUUCAAGAAUGUUCUUUACGUAUGUGUUCGAAACAUUGUAUUAUGACUUUUUACAUGUAUGUAUUAUUGUUGUAAGGAUAAUAUUACCAUUGAUGUUGCAUGAGAUAAGAUACACGUUUGAAUAAAUGCUUAAACUAU